AUGUUUGAUGACACAGCCUGGAAGGGUGAGCUGCCCCCACCGCCCGACGAUGUGCUAAGUCCAUACCAAUACUUUUGUGCCUUUUUCGAUGAAGAAAUGGUAGACACACUGUGCUAUCAAUCAAAUAUGUAUUCCACCCAGAAGAAUGGCACCUGUGCAAACAUCACCAAGGAGGAGAUGAGGAAAUAUCUCUCCAUAUUAGUGAUUUCGGGGACAGUCAGGGUGCCUCAUUUCCGGAUGUUCUGGCAGUGUGGAACGAGGUUUGAGCCUGUAGCGGACCUCAUGUCUAGAAAUAGAUUCGAGGCCAUACAUCAAUGCCUACAUAUGAACGACAACUGUCAGGCAAAGCCACGAGACGCUGAGGGCCACGACCGCCUUUUCAAGGUGCGCCCACUUGUGAAACAGCUGAAGAAGAACAUGAAGGCAGUGGCCCCAGAAGAACGGCAGAGUGUGGACAAGCAAAUUAUUCCCUUCAAGGGGCGCUCACCGCUAAAGCAGUACAUGAAAUCGAAGCCCCACAAGUGGGGCUAUAAGGUGUUCACAAGGGCAGGUGUCUCCGGAAUGAUGCACGACUUCAUCAUCUAUGAAGGUAAAGGUACUGCUCAUGACAAUGGAUUCGGCAUCUCUGGUGAUAUAGUCAUCGAUCUGGUGAAAGAUCUUCCGGAAAACAGGAACCACAAGCUAUUUUUUGAUAACUGGUUCAGCAGUCUGCGCCUGGUAGACGAGUUGAAGCGCAAAGGAUUUCUGAGUGUUGGUACCGUUAGAGUCGACAGGACGGAGAAGUGUCCGCUGGCACCUGACGCAACUCUCAAGGCGCAAGGAAGAGGCUCGGUGGAUUUUCGCGUGGACGAGGACUCUAACAUUGGAGUCAUCAAAUGGUUUGACAGCAACUCCGUACACCUCGUGUCAAGCUACGCUGGUGUCCAACCAACCUACCUUUGCGAGCGGUGGAACAGCAAAGAAAAGCGCAGCAUUGAUGUUCCACGCCCUUUCGCCGUAAAGAAGUACAAUGCCUUCAUGGGAGGUGUUGAUCUCGCCGACAUGCUUAUUGAGCUGUACCGCACAGUCCACAAAUCGAAAAGAUGGUACAUGCGCAUUUUUUACUGGAUGAUGGAUGUUUCUAUUGUCAAUAGGUGGCUCCUGUAUAAACGCCACUGUGCCCAGCUAUCUAUCAAAAGAAGGUUGUCUCUGCUAGCUUUUCGAGUGCAGAUUGCCCAAACCCUUGCACAUCUGAAGUCAAAUCCUUUGAAAAGAAGGUCAGGUAUGGCUGCUGAAGCUGGAAUCGUGCCCGCCAAACACUUGAUCCAUUCUCCGGUGACACCGAGGCCCACAGUGGACGUGAGGUACGAUGGCAUGAACCACUGGCCACAGUACGGCGAAAAAAAGAACCGAUGCAAUUUCUGCAAGUUCGGCUACACGUUUCUGUGCUGCGCUAAGUGCAACAUGCACUUGUGCCUCCUUCCAAGCCGCAACUGCUUCAAGGCAUUUCACGUGAAGUAG